AUGGAGAAAACAAAUGGAAGGGAGCCCAUUGCUCUGUCUACGGCAGAUGGUGGCACAGAGAACCUGGGGUUGGAGCUCACGGAAGAAAGGCUGAAUGCUGAGGGAAUCAAGAGAACAGAGGAGCAAGGAUAUGACCUGGGGAAUGGAGUGGGACCUCCCACUGGCCGAAGGAAUCGACAGCCUCUCUCCAAGGCGAGACUUUUCUACAAAACACAUGCUGACUUGUUCAAGAAAAUCCUGCUGGGCCUCUUCUGUUUAGCAUAUGCUGCCUACUUCCUGGCAGCUUGCAUUCUGAAUUUCCGGAGGGCGUUGGCCUUGUUUGUUCUCACCUGUCUGGUGCUCCUUAUCCUGGCUCACCGCUUGCUGAAGAGGUUCUUUGGGAAAAAGUUAAUGAGAUGUCUGAAGUCCUUUCAAAAUUCUCGCCUCAAGCUCUGGACAAAAUGGGUGUUUGGAGGACUCUGCUUGAUUGGUCUUAUCCUGUGGCUGGCCUUAGACACAGCUCAAAGGCCAGAGCAGCUCAUCUCAUUCGCAGGAAUCUGCAUGUUCAUUCUCCUCCUCUUUGCCUGCUCCAAACACCACAGUGCAGUGUCCUGGAGGGCAGUGCUUUGGGGUCUGGGUCUUCAAUUUGUCUUUGGGAUUUUGGUCAUCAGAACUGAUCCUGGAUUUAUUGCAUUCCAAUGGUUGGGAGACCAAGUUCAGAUUUUUCUGAACUACACUGUGGCGGGAUCUAGUUUUGUCUUUGGUGAUAUGCUGGUUAAGGAUGUCUUUGCUUUUCAGUCAUUACCAAUCAUCAUUUUCUUUGGAUGUGUGAUGUCCAUGCUAUACUACCUAGGUCUUGUGCAGUGGGUAGUUCAAAAGAUUGCUUGGUGUUUACAAGUCACCAUGGGCACCACCGCCACUGAGACCCUCGCUGUGGCAGGAAACAUCUUUGUGGGUAUGACAGAAGCACCCCUGCUGAUCCGACCAUAUCUCGGAGACAUGACGCUCUCUGAAAUCCACGCAGUGAUGACAGGAGGGUUUGCCACCAUUUCAGGCACCGUCUUGGGAGCCUAUAUAUCCUUUGGAAUCAGCCCAGCAUCCUUGAUUUCUGCUUCUGUGAUGGCUGCCCCUUGUGCUCUCGCAUUGUCAAAGCUUGUAUAUCCUGAAGUAGAAGAGUCAAAGUUCAAGAAUGAGGAGGGGGUAAAACUGCCCCGUGGGAAGGAGAAGAAUCUCCUUGAAGCUGCCAGCAAUGGAGCUGCAGAUGCCAUAGGCCUUGCUGCUAAUGUAGCUGCCAACCUGAUUGCCUUUUUGGCUGUGUUGGCAUUCAUCAAUGCUGCCCUCGCCUGGCUAGGAGAAUUGGUGGAGAUACAAGGACUCAGUUUUCAGGUCAUCUGCUCUUAUAUUCUAAGGCCCAUGGUCUUCAUGAUGGGUGUAGAGUGGGCAGACUGUGGCAUAGUGGCAGAACUGGUCGGGAUCAAGUUCUUCAUCAAUGAGUUUGUAGCCUAUGAGCAACUGUCUCAAUACAACCACAAACGUCUCUCUGGAAUGGAAGAGUGGAUUGGGGGUGAGAAGCAGUGGAUUUCAGAAAGAGCUGAACUCAUUACAACAUUUGCACUUUGUGGGUUUUCCAAUCUCAGUUCCAUGGGAAUCACACUGGGAGGCUUGACGUCAAUGGUUCCCCACCGGAAGAGUGACUUGUCCAAGAUUGUGCUCAGUGCCCUCUUCACAGGGGCCUGUGUGUCCCUUAUCAGUGCUUGUGUGGCAGGUAUCCUCUAUGUCCCCAGGGGAGUGGGAGCUGACUGUGUCUCCUUGCUAAACACCAGUUUCACCAACAGCAGCUAUGAGACCUAUGUAUGUUGCAAAGAACUCUUUCAGAGUACUUCUCUGAAUGGCACUCACAGUCCUUCUUUUUCUGGUCUCUGGGAAGGCAAUGAGUUCAGCGCCCUGGCCCUUGCUAACUGCUGUGAAAUAUACAACCACUCUACCUGUGUCUAA